AUGAUCAGCACGCUCGGCAUGGCUGAUUUCAUUCAGGUGCUCACCAUAGGAGUUGUCAAAUCCGUGGCAGAACAGGAGAACACAACUAAUCAUGUUCUGGGAGAUCCAGAAGACAUGGACAAAGAAUUCGAAGUCCUUACAUAUAAUGGAGUGUCCGAUACAGACAUGGGAGCGACGGUUUUUGUUGAGGGUACCAAAGUGCUCGUUGUUGGGAAACUGAGGUCACUUUCUGAUCGGCAUGGCAUCAUGUCAUACAACAUCAGUGAGGUUGUGGAUGAGAAAGAAUACAAAGCUUUUACACUUGAAGCAAAGAUUGCGAAGCUUUAUUUCCAAAAA